AUGAAUGAUAAUGGUACCCCUCUCACCACUCUUAAGAUUCGUCACAGCUCAUUGGAGAAGGUGCAUGGCUUGCAGAUUGGUGGCACACUACGUACGCUUCCGAUAGUAGUGAAAACAAUGAAAGUGACCGAAAGCAAAUCGGAAAAAGAGAACCAGCAAUGCAUUUUGCAAAAUAAGUUCGGAAUGACCGGGAAAAAAGUACGCUACAAUAGGAUAGGACAGGUCCUACUUGUUAAUAUGUUUCUUGGAACAACAGUGGAAGUUUUCUACACAGCUUUUAAAUCUCAGAUCUUCCUUUUCCAGUAUAGCGGCGCUGGAAGGAAACUUACAAACAUAAAUAAAACGAUUGGUUGUAAGAAAAAAGCUAAAAUUAAGCAAACGACUUCGAUUAUACAGCGACUCUCGAAAUAG